AUGACGAACCUGCUCGAUCUCCCUGCCGAGAUCCUCAACCAGAUUUGCGAGCAGCUCUGCUACCACUGCCGAAACCCGAGGCACUUCGUGAAUGCCGAUGAAGAGGAAUCCAUCGAAGACAAGCGCGCCUUGGCAAAGUUGUGCCGCACCAGCCGCGCCUUGCUCAACCUAGGGCAGGCAGUGCUCUAUCACUACUACGCGACUGGAAAUCUGGCUCCGGUUGUGGACAACGGAAUCGAAAGACACAGCAUUCCGUGGCGAAUGCCAGGUGAUGACAAACUUGCAUUGUUCCUGCGCACCAUUAUCGAGCGCCCUGACCUGAACCAAAUGGUUCGAUCUCUUCAACUGGUUCACAAUGACCAAAGCAUGCCCGUUAUCCGCGAACUCUACACCCUCCUCAAAAGCCAUCUGUGGCAGGAGGGAAGUUUGGAUGCAGGGUGCUCAAACAACGGCGACGACGACGACGACAACGACGGCGACGGCUAG